AUGAGAGAGAAGCACUACCUUGAGGCUGUGGUGCAGAAACUACAAGCUAGCUGCCCGGGCCAAGCUCGCUAUCUCCUCUGGGCCUACAGUUCAUCACAUGGUAGGGAGAACCACACUUUUGAGGAAACCUGUCCAUACUGUUUCCAGUUGCUGGUGUUGGAUAACUCCCUAGUGCACCUCAAGCUGAAGCCCCAGCUGACACCCAAAAUACAGAAACUUCUGAAUCGAGAAGCAAAAAGUUACACUCUCAGUUGUAAAGAAGCAAAAAUUGUGAAAAAGUACAAAGAUGCCAAAAGUGUAUUGUUGGUGACUUGUAAGACACGCAACAGGACAGUUAAACAUCAAGGUAAAAGUAGAAGCUUUGUCUCCUCCCUGAAGAGCAGGCUUGGCACUCCUGCGGCUAACCCUGCUCUGAGGACACGGAAGGGCAAGGCUCUGAGUUCUCCUGCGAGCCGCAACCAGGAGCUGUCUAGUUCCCAGGGCAAGAGCCCUGCCUGGAUAUUCAGAACACCUACAUCUGGACAGUCAACACCCACUUUCUCUUCCUCAAGAAGUACGAGCAAAACAAAGAAACACUUUUCUCAACUAAAAAUAUUGCUCAGUCAGCAAGAAUCCCACAAAAGCCCAAAGAUGGACUUCAGAAAUUUCUUGUCUUCUCUGUAA